CUCCUCCUCCUCCUGGCCCCAGCACAUUGCUUGCAGUACUUUGCACAUGAGAGACAGUUGUCCUGUCUCAUCAGGGGAUCAGCCCAUAGACUAUGGAGAGAAUGGGGAGCCGGCAAGUGGCCACAAUGUACUUCACCUUGAAUUGCACAGUAUUGCACAAACAACCCAGGUGGACCCGGGUGGGAAGAGAGAGAAGCCAGGGAGCAGCCCAUCUCACACCAGUAGGGCUAGCAGAGAAGCAGAAGGGCCAGUGGUGGCCAAUGGGUGCAGGGAGUCCCCCGUGCCGCAGACAGUGCUCAGCCCUGAGCCCAGCAACUUGAGCUCACAGGAGAUGACACCCUGUGGGAGCAGCCAGCUCAGCAGCACCUGCCCAGCCAAAAGGAAGUUGCUGCCUGCUGGUGAGGCUAUGGCUGACUCCUGCUCUGAGGAUGAGAGCCUGUCCCCACCAGCAAGGAAGAAGAGGGUCCUGCCAUGCCAUCCUGUGCCCACAGCCUGCCGCAGCACGGAUGCUAAGGGAGCUCCAUUCUGGAAUCACCUGCUUCCUGCAGCCAAGAGCUCUUCAGAGUGCACCACAGUUGGGAGGAGGCUGAAGAGUGGGCUGCGCCUCAAAUCGCGACAUCUCCGAACCAGCCUCCGGAGGGGCACCAGGUCCCCUACAGCGCCCUGGGCCACCACCACUGUCAGCCAUGCUCUGCUGGGCAACUUUGAGGAGUCCAUCCUGAAGGGGUGCUUUGCACCAUCAGGGAGGAUCGAGGGUUUCACGGCAGAGAUCGGUGCCAGUGGCUCCUACUGUCCCCAGCAUGUCACCCUGCCUGUCGACGUCACCUACUUCGACAUCUCUGAACACAGCGCACCCUCGCCUUUCCUGGGAGUGAUUGACUUGGAGGCCUUGGGAAAGAAGGGGUACAGUGUCCCCAAAGCUGGAACCAUCCAAGUGACCUUAUUUAAUCCAAACAAGACUGUGGUGAAGAUGUUCUUGGUGACAUACGACUUCCAGGACAUGCCGGCCAACCACAUGACCUUCCUACGCCAUCGCAUCUUCCUGGUGCCCGUGGGGGAGGAGGAGGGGUCCACAGCGGCCCCCAGUGAACCACUGGGCACCAGCCCGCCCCGCAGGGUCCUCUGCUACCUGAUGCAUCUAAGGUUUCACAGCUCCAAGUCGGGGAAGAUCUACCUUCAUGAUGACAUUCGGCUGCUUUUCUCCCGCAAGUCGAUCGAGGUGGAUUCGGGGAUCCCCUACGAACUGAAAUCCUUCACAGAGAUGCCGCGGAACCCCUGCUACUCACCCCGGGCCUGACCUCCUUCACCCCAGACCCCAGGGCCACUGGGGAGCCUCCAGCCCAGCACUUUGGGGAGAGAUGAGUAAAGGGCCAGCACACACUGCUUUGAGAUAGCACCCACCCUCCUGACCAACAUGGACACCAAGCUCUGCAGCUGGGCUGGGAUCACCCAGGGGGCUUCACCAAGAGGGGCAGAGGCUGAGGAGCAGCCCUGGCACUGCAGGGACAUGCCCAAGCCUGCUGCUGGCACUGCUCCCAGCCUGUAGCCUUUGCUGUGGCUGAGGUGGGUGGGUGUAGAGUGAAGAGCUGGACUGGAGCUGUGAGUAAGACCACCCACAUGGGCCCCAGGUCAGGGAGCAGAAAGUGUGAAAGAGUUUGUAUUUAUUAGUAUUUAUUGUUGCUGGGAGCACAGAGGAGGCUAGCGUAGAGGAUCAGAGGUGCUGUGCUUGUUCUUCCCCCCAGCCCUGCCUGCACCAGGCUGCCUGUGUUCGAGCAGGGCUGUGGGGACUACGAGAAUGACUAGGGACAAGGAUGCCUCAGCCCAUGCAAGGGAGUGUGACCCAAUGUUCACACAGGGUGCAGGUCAGGGGUGUGUUAAAAGCCCUGUGACAGGCUGAGCCUCUCUGGCACCAGCUUUGCAGGGCCAGCCCAACUCCAAGCAGUUUGAGGAGGCUGCACUUAUCUUCAGUCUUUUAGGGCAAGCCAGACCCCAAGAGGCCUAUGGCUGUCAAGGAAGUGGCCACUGCCAGGUUCCUGAAGGUAAGAGACACAGCUGCCACGUGGAUGGGGACCUGGGGCUCUUUGCAGGAAUACGGGGAUAGCCCUCUGGGCGAGAGCCUCCAGAGCACGUGAGCUGUGGACCUGAGAAGAUUGCCAAAAUAAAAGGAACCUUGCACUGUC